AUGUUGCCACCAGUACUUAUAAUUUCAAUAAGUAUUGUAGCUGUUGAAGUUGUGGUUGGAGCUACUGGAAAUGGAUUUAUCACAGCUGUUAAUAUCAUUAACUGGAUCAAAAGCAAAAAAAUUUCUUCCGCUGAUGUGAUCCUGAUCUUUCUGACCACAUCACGCUUUAUCUUGCAGGUGACAAUAUUGAUGCACAUUCAUAGUCUUUACUUUGUGGAUGUGUUUAAGUUGGCUUCUGUGUACAAAGCUUUUGGUGCUAUAUGGAUGUUUGUAAACCAUGCCAGUUUGUGGUUCAGUACCUGGCUCUUUGUACUCUACAGUGUAAAAAUAAUCAAUGCUACCCAAUGGCUGUUGCUGCAAAUCAAGCUGAGAAUAGCUGGGAUGGUCCCAUGGCUGCUUCUUGGAUCCCUGGUGAUCUCUUCUGUGACUUCUCUUCCUUUACUGUGGAUUGCACCCAGCACUUACCUCUGCAGCUCAACGGGGAACUGUAGAGAAAAUAGCACAGCACAUGCCACUGACUGGGACAGGUCACAUUUCUACCUGCUUCUUCUUUACAUUGUAGGUUGUUUUUUUCCUCUGGUAUUCUCUAUGGUAACCUCAGGUCUAUUAAUUACUUCUUUAUGGAAACACACAAGGAAGAUGCAAUGUUAUGUAGAGACUUUCAGGGAUCCUUCAAUAGAUGUUCACCUAACUGCAAUUAAAUCCAUUAUUUCUUUCUUGGUCCUUUAUCUUUCCAGUUUUAUAGCUCAAAUUCUGCUGAUACUGUCAACUUCUCAAAGUAAAGAUGAUGUCAAAGUUGCAGUAUCCUUAGUUAUAGUUGGGGCAUAUCCUUCCAUACACUCUAUUAUCCUGAUAUUAGUCAAUUCAAAACUGAAACUUGCAUUCAGGAUGCUUUGCCAGCAUCUUAGGUGCCAUUUGAAAAUAUGA